AUGGCUGGAGCUGUAGCGUUCCUUCUGAUUGACCUUUUGGAUGAUGAUGAUGAUAAAAAUCUCUGGGAACAUAUUACUGUGGAUAUCAAUGAAUAUUGUAUUUUAGGAGAUCCAUCAUUCCAAUGGCAUUUCAGAUUGACUAAGCCACUCUUUGAAAUUUUACUUCAAGAAGUUGGAGACUACUUAACUGAAGAAGAGCUAUUGAUCAGAGAGAGACGUCCAGUGGCUCAUAUGCUGUUAAUGGUUGUGUGGAUCAUGGCAACCCCCGACUCAUUUAGGAGUGUUGCCCUACGAUUUGGAGUCAGCAAAUCAGAAGUUCAUGAUCACUACGUUCUAACAAUCAGAGCAUUGCGUGAGAUGCGUGGUACUUACAUCACAUGGCCAAACGAAGCAAAACGCAACAGCAUCAAAGCAAACUGUGAACGCAUCUCAAACUUUCCUGGGAUUGUGGGCAUAAUGGAUGGUUCCCAUAUAAACAUCAUAGCGCCAACUAUAGAAAAAGCUGCUUAUCGCAAUUAUAAGUUUUGCUAUUCGAUUAAAGUUCAAGCUGUUGUAGACCACACAUUGCUUGUAACAGAUGCAUACAUAGGAGAAGUUGGUAGCCUACAUGAUGCGAGAGUUUUUAGGGGGAGCCCUUUACUGCGCAACAUUCUACGGAGAGAAGAUAUCUGUGGUGAUCCAUAA